GAAGGCAUCGUGAAAAAUUUUUGUUUUUUCGCGAAAUAGCACAUUAAACACUUGCAAAAACUGCCAAAAAACAACAAAAACUCAGAAUUAGUGCGCGCCUUCGUGUAGUGAAAAAGUGAUUUUUAGAAAAAACUUCAAAAGUAACGCAGCAAACGGCGAAAAACAAAGCAUCAAGGAAGCAGCGAGGAAGAAUUUCAUAACUUUCGUGUGAUUGCGUGGUAAUUUUAAAGAAAUAUCGCAAAAAAUCUUAAGUUUUUUUACGUUGUGUGUAAAAUUCAGGGAGGUAGAGAGAGUAGCGGCAGCGGCGGCGGCGACACAGGAUGAAUCCGAACCGUCUUGGAAAACGAGGUGGCAUUAAGAAUUUCGGGCAAUGGCGCGGCGGAAACAAUCAAAAUAAUCGCGGGCAACACAAUGAGCACGAUGACCGGAAAGGAGGCGGCGGCGUGACGGAUAUCAAGCGUCGUGUGACGUUCAAAAAUGCUGGCGGACGAGGAGGCAGAGGCAACAAUCGGUUGUCGACGGAACGGAUUCGUGCUCAGUUGGAAGCGGACGAGGAGAUGGGCGGUGAUAUCAUCUCGGAAAUGCAGCAGGGAGGCAAACAAGGCGGGUACAAGGGACGAGGAGGCAGAGGAAUGCGCGGAAGACGAAGUGGAUCUCCACCACCGAGAUUUAUGGGAGCUCAGGGACGCAAAAAACUGCAAGCCGGCACAUCUGGUUGGUUCCAAGUCACAAUUUCGCACGGCAGCAAAUACGAAAAAGCAUUUGUGAUACAAAGUUUGUUGGAACGCCUCUCCCCGUUGCUCUUCAUUCCCUACUACUAUCGCAUGGACGGCAAAGACAGCGUAUUUUUCGUCGACGACAUCAAAAUUGCCGAAAAACUGCAAGAAGCAUCGCGUCAAAUCAGCACACCAAACGGCUUCAAAAUGGUGAUUUACGUGCGAAGCGGCAUCCCACAGGUCCAAAUUGACGAUUCGUUGAAACUACGAAUGAAAAAUGCCAUGAUCAAGAGAUACCAUGCCCCGAACAAGGCACUUGACUUGUCUCAAUUUCAUGCAGACCCCGACCUACUGGAUGUCUUUGUCGGCUUGUUCCGACCCACAAUCAUGAUGGCUGUUAUUGACAUAAUCGCGGAAAAUAUUCCCGAAUUGGUGGCUUUGAACUUGAACAACAACAAAAUUCAUCUGUUGGAUCAUUUUAAAUGCGUGCCCACAAAACUGCCGAAUCUCGCGGUGCUGUAUCUGGCGAAUAAUCGCGUGCAAAAUGUCUCGUCGCUCGAGCCAUUCCGCGGAUUGGCGAUCGUGGAGCUGGAUUUGACGGGAAAUCCGUUGAAGGAACGGUAUCGCGACCUCAGCAUGUACACGAGUGACGUGCGAAACAAGUUUCCGAAACUCAUGCGACUCGAUGGCGUCGAUUUACCGAAGCAGAUUGGCUUUGAUAUCGAAGACCAGAAGAAUUUACCUCCAGCAAAGGCGUCAUUCUUAUGCAAUUCAGGCGGCGCCGACAUUGUCCGGCAAUUCCUCGAGCAAUAUUUCAUGAUUUACGACUCCGAUAACCGGCAACCGCUCUUGAACGCCUAUCACGAGCACGCCAUGUUCUCUCUGACGACCGCAUACUCGCAGCAAGUCAACAACACGCAACGACUGUAUCCCUACAUCUCGUACAAUCGGAAUCUGCUGCGGACUCGCGACAACGAACAACGAUUAAAACACUUGAAAGUGGGCCGACUGCCAAUUGUGAGUCUUUUGUCAGAGUUACCAGCGACGCAUCACGAUCCGCAGUCAUUUGGCGUCGAUUUGACACUUUUCACGGAAAAACUCAUCAUGCUCACCGUCACGGGACUUUUCAAGGAGAAAAAAUCCGGCAGUUCGGUCGAAGUGGUUCGCUCGUUCCAACGAUCGCUCGUUAUUGUGCCCUGCGGCGGCGGAUUUUGCAUCAAGAACGAACUCAUGCACAUCAAUGUGGCGACAAAUCGUCAGGAAAAGUCCAUUUUUAAUGCGCCACCAGCGAAUGCGGCGCCAAUUCAGCAAAUGCCGGUGACGCCAGUGGCAAAUCCACUCGGUGCCGGCAUGAAUGACGACACAAAACAGAAUAUGAUCCUCGCGAUGAGCAAUCAGUCCGGCAUGAACAUGGAAUGGAGUCGCAAAUGCUUGGAAGAAACAAACUGGGACUUUGACAGAGCGGGUUUUAUCUUCGGCGAGUUGAAUAAACAGAACAAAAUACCAGCAGAGGCAUUUGUUAAGUAGAGAUAUUUAUGGAUAUCGCAAAGUUUUUCUAAUUUUUAGUGGAUAGAAGGAAAAAAAAUGAAAUAAAAAAAUGUAUAAAACAAUAGAAUAUAAAAAAAUGCACAAUAAUGUCGCUUUUUUACUACAAGAGCCAUGAAAAUAUUUUAAAAAACAUUAAAAUUAAGUCAGUAAUUUGUAUUUAGCCUCUCUUUUAAAUAUUUUUUUAGUUUUAAAAUUUAUCAAAAUUGCAAAAAAUUAAAAUUUAAGAUCACCAUUCAAAUUCAAUUCAUUCGAAUCCUGUCGAGAUCCGUCCCGACAGCGAUCGAAAAUUGAAUUUUAUCUCAAAUAAUUAAUUUCUGUACAUUUUUCAUACAAAAUUCAAAAGCCCACGUCGUCAAAGGAACAAAAACGAGGAAUUUCCACUAAAAAUGGAAUCAAAAAAUCACAGAAGUCACAUUUGUGAGCAAAAAAACCUCGAUCACUGAUCGGGUAAAAACUCGCAAACAAUCCUACAAAAAUCCAUUCGAUCUGAAAAUGGUCGUCGUCGUUAAAUGGAUGACAAUAAUAACAGACAAAAAGCGAAAAAAAAAUGUUCAAACUGAAUCUGAUUGAAAGUUCAUAGAUUCAAGGUCGAAUCGGAACAAGUAAUGAUGAUCACAGAUGAGCUAAAAAAAAAAUUUAAAAAAAAUAUUCAGGUGGCAAAAAGUUGGAAAUGAAUUUUUGUAUGAAAUUUGUGUGGAUUUUGACAAUUAUUUGGAUUUUAGGUGAUCUUAAUUUUUUUAUAAUUAACAAAAAAUUUAUUCGUUUUUAAUUUUUUUUUCAAUUAAUUUUUGGAGAUAAUUUUUGACCAAUGUGGAUUUAAUUCACACUUAGUAUUAAGACAUGCUAGAAUAA